CCUCAAAGAGAACUUGGUGCCUUUCUUCUCAUUGAAUGAAUCUCAAGCGAUGGGUCACGGGACAUAGACUAUGUUCUUGGUUCGUAUUGGUCUCGGGGAAAGAAAAGGAUUGAGAAGAAGAUAUUUCGCAGCUCUAGCAGAAACUUCUCGAGAUCUUGUCGAAGAUUCGCAAGCCUCGUACGCUCGCUCGCUGCGCCAUUGCCGAGCUCAAAGAUCUCCUCCAAGGCAAGUCCGUCCACCGCCGGAUCAAUCAGGCAGGCCUCCAGAGAAAUUUCCAGCUGGGCAAUCUCCUCCUCCAAAUGUAUGGAAAUGCGGGGAUUUAAGCAGCGCUCAAGAAGUCUUCGAUUCCAUCCCAGAAAAACCACGCUCGCCUGGUCCCUAUUCGUCACCGCAUAUGCCCAGAAUGGGCAUACCAGGUCUCUACGACUCUAUGCAAAGCCACGGCCUUUUUCCAAGUGACUUUACCAUCUCGGUGGCCCUCAGCUCCUGUUCCAGCCUCAAGAGCUUCGAGCGAGGAGCGAGGAUCCAUCGCUGGGCUGACGAGCACGGCUAUGGCUCCAACCUUCUCGUCCAGAACGCGCUCGUCAACUUCUACGCAAAGUGCUCCAAGAUCCCAGAGGCAAUGAAACUGUUUGGCGAGAUGAGCGAGCGAACGAGUGUCACCUGGAACGCAGUCAUUUCGGCUCACGCCCAGAACGAUCGCUGGCACUCUCGAUCUCUAUCGCGAGAUGCUGGCCGAGGCUGUCGAGCCGAUGUGGCUGCCUGGACGGAAGCUCGAGCUAUCUUCAAUGGAAUCCUGGAGCGAACUGUCGUCUCGUGGUCUGCCAUGAUCGGAGCUUAUGCUCUCCAUGGCCGCGGCCAGGAAGCUCUCCUUCUCUUUCAUAGGAUGAGAAAAGAUGGAAGAGUGGAGCCGAAUGCCAUGACUUUCACUGGAGUUUUCAAUGCCUGUGGCGUGGUCGAGGAUCUGGAGCAAGGCAGAGAGAUUCACGCUCUCGCCAUGGCGAGUGGAGAGCUCAAAUCAUCCAGCCCCAUCCUGGAGAACGCGCUGCUGAACAUGUUCGUGAGGUUUGGCAGCCUGGAAGAAGCUCGCAAAGGGUCCCUCCAACCAGUGUCACGCUCGCCAGCGUCCUCAAUGCGUGUGCUUGUUCUGGAGCUCUCAAAGUUGGCAAGCAAAUCCAUGCCCGCCUUGAUGCCAGCGGCUUUCUCCGCCAUGCAAACCAGGAACUCUGUAUCCUGGACUGCGAUGAUUGCCGCGCUUGCUCAGCACGGCCAGGGCGAUGAAGCUCUCGAGCUCUUCAAGGAGAUGAACUUGGAAGGCAUGGUGGCCGACGCCACCACUUUCAUCUGCGUUCUCCGCGCUUGCAGCCAUGCCGGGCUCAUCAAGGAGAGCCUCGAGUUCUUCCACAGCAUGGUGGAGGACUACGCCAUCGCUCCAACUGAGACGCACUACUGCCGAGCGCUGGACACGAUCGGCCGCGCGGGGCGCCUCCAGGACGCCGAGGAGCUGAUCCACAGCAUGCCUUUUCACCCCGAGACAGUGACAUGGAAGACGCUGCUCAACGCUUGUAGAAUCCAUAGCCAGGCCGAGCGAGCUACAAAGGUGGCGGAGCUCCUCGCGAAGCUCGCGCCCGAGGAUAGCAUGGCGUACACGCUGCUGGGAAACGUCUACGCCGCCACCGAGAGAUAUGGAGACCAAAUGAGAGUGAGGAAGAGCAUGACGGAUCGGGGCCUCAAGAAAGUACCCAGGAAGAGCUUCAUCGAGGUGAAGAACAAGGUCCAUGAGUUCGUCGCUGGCGAUCGAGCUCAUCCCAGCCGAGACGAGAUCUUGCUAGAGUUGGAGAAGCUCGGCGGAAGGAUGAGAGAAGCCGGGUACGUUCCAAACACGAAGGACGUCCUUCAUGCCGUGAACGAGGAGGAGAAAGAGCAGCUGAUUGGAUUGCACAGUGAGAAGCUGGCCAUUGCGUUUGGGUUGAUCGCCACACCACCUGGAACUCCUCUCUUGAUCGUCAAGAACCUCCGGGUUUGCUCGGAUUGUCACGCCGCCACCAAAGUUAUUGCAAAGAUCAUGAGGAGGAGGAUAGUUGUGCGAGACACUCACAGGUUCCAUCACCUUGAGGAUGGCCAGUGUUCUUGCAAGGAUUACUGGUGAGACAUUUUUUUUGUCGUCCUUGCAAUACGUAAAAAACAAACAUGAAACUACUGGCUUAAGAAAGUGCAGAGGGCGUCUACUGGAGAUUGUUUUGCAACACGGUCGAAAAUGAAGAAAAUCAAGGCCGUGGACCGAACCUGCGGGGAAAGCCCACAUGAUUUCUAGUCAUGUCUACCUUUA